AUGCUCAAGGCCCUCCUAGCCACGUUCAUACUUGGUGCUAUCACCUCGUCAUCAUCCGCGCAAAGUCUCUCGCCUCAGGUCAGAAGAACUGAUCUCCAACGCCACAACAUCAGCGAACCGGGACUCGAAGCAUUCCAAGUCCGUGUGGAUUUUGACCCCGGUGCGUUUGCUCCAAAGCACAAGCAUCAUGGUGAAGAAGUCAUCUAUGUUCUGAGGGGUGCUCUGGAGUAUGAGGUGGAUGGUCAGGCGCCAGUUACGGUAAAUGAAGGAGAAGUAUUCUUCAUCCCGGCAGGAGUACCCCACUCCGCACGAAACAGAGGUGGUUUCUUGAGCAGUGAGCUUGCGACGUACAUUGUUCAGAAUGAUAAGCAACUCGUUGAGCCUGUCGACUGA